GCUCUGGUGCGGGAGACGCUCCACUGGGUCGGCCUCGCGCAGGUGCUGGCGUCGAGUCGGUGCCCAGAGGUGCCGGCCUGCCCGCCGAUCCCGUCGUGCCCGGCCCUGCCGGAGAUUCCCAGCUGCCCGGCCUGCCCGGGAGCGCCGCCGUCCCCCGCGCGGCCGUCCGCGCCGCCCAGCUCUGGCGGCUGGGCUCUCCCCCUGGCGGGUUUCAGCCUCGGGGGCCUCCUGGUCGCGCUCGUCUUCCUGGCCGCCGGGCGCUGGGGCAGCACGAUGGCCGCGCUGGCGGCGCCUGCACUCCCGUCCCCGGCCCUGGAGGAGUGGGCGUUCGUGCUGUACACAGUGGCGGGGCCCCUGGUGUACCAUCAGCGGCGGGUGCUGGGUUGCAGGCGCGCGGCGUGCUCGGCGACUGAGCUCGGCCGCGUGAUCAUCGGGACGCCGGACCUAGACGUGCACGAGGAGUACUACAGGACGGGGUCCCUCGGCGUGGAUGCGGCGCGGGUCGUGUUCAGCAGCGAGCGCUGGCCACCCCCAGCUGCCGCGCCGCGUGCCCAGGCCAUCGCCGGCGUGGUGGCGGAGCUCGGGGCCGCGGCGGGGCCGGCGCCCCAGGGGGCUGGCGCGGGCCCGGCGCUGCUUCCAGUGCCCAUCGCCGCGGGCCCCGCGCCAGGCGCCGCGCCGGCCGCCGAGCCGGACGCGGCCGUGGCACCGGCGCCGCCUGUGGCCGUCGCGGCCCAGGCCGCGGGAUCGGGCCCGCCCGCGCGUGCGCCAGCCAUCCCAGACGGGCUGCUUGUGGUCAUCCCUGCCAGCGGGCUGGCCCCCUUGGGCUGGAGCUGGCGCGCGCUGGAGGACCUGGCCGGGCUGGUGACGCACGGGCAGGUGGUGGACGUGGGGGCUCCAGGAGGCCCCACCCUGGGCGGCGGGGCUGGUCGGCGCCAGGUGGCGCUGCUCCCCAGCGGCCACUCGGUCUUCGUGGCACUCGUGGCGGACACGGAGGUGGACCACCUCAAGCGUGAGUUCAGGGGCUCGGACGCGCGCGCGCUGCCGGUGAUGCACACCGCGGUGGGGCGCGAGCGGGCCUGGACGUCCGUCAUCGCGGACUGCCGCGAGGAAAACAUCCCGGCUUUCGGCGCGAAGGACAGCGACUUCGGCGUGUCAGAGCGCGAGACGUUGAGCAAGGUCGUGGAGAUGUUCGGGACCGUCGGCCAGCUGGACCUCUACAACUUGGCGGGGGUGGAGGUCGCCUACCGCAAGCUCCAGCUGAUAGAGUACUACUGGGACGAGCGCCGCCAGGAGCAGCAGCAGGCCAACGCCAAGAUGCCGCUGGACGAGGUGCAGGCCUUCUUGGGCGGAGGCCGCGCCGCCAGCAUGGAGUGCCCCGAGCUUCUGGAGCAGGUGUCGAAGGAGCUGGAGAGGAUUGCGGGCAUCAAGAAGAAUGCGAGGAAGUUGCGGGAGGAGCAGGCCGCCUUGGCCAAGAAG